CCCGCUUUUGCCGUCCCAGGUGAGGUAGCUGGGUGGCAGGGUUAGAGGGACCGGGCUUGGAGGUGGGACAGGAAGACCUCAGUUAAAAUUGGAUUUUAGACGCUCCUUAACUGUGUGACUUCGGCCAGGUGACUUAACCUUUGUUUGCCUCAGUUUUCUCAUCUGUAAAAUGGAGAUAAUAGUAGCGCUGGCUGCCUCCUAGGAUGGUUGGAGGAUCAGAUGAAACAUUUCAGAAGUGCUCAGCACAGUGCCAGGCACAUAAUCGACACUUAAUCGUCCGAGGUUAUGCGUCUAAAUGAACACGAGGAAACGCUACGGGUCUAAGAACACGGAUCAGGGAGUCUACCUGGGUCUCUCGAAGACACAGGUGUUGCCCCCUGCAGCGGCUGGCGGCGGCCUCAGCGGCAGCAUCCCCACCACCACCACCUCCCCUUCACCGGGUCCCCCUCCUGACACCAUGUCCUGUAGAGACCGAACUCAGGAGUUCCUGUCUGCCUGCAAGUCCCUGCAGAGCCGCCAGAAUGGACUCCAGACAAACAAAACGACGGCCCUGAGUGCUGUCCGGCAGCGCAGUGAGUUCACCCUCAUGGCCAAGCGCAUUGGGAAGGACCUGAGCAACACGUUUGCCAAGCUGGAGAAGCUGACAAUCUUGGCCAAGAGGAAGUCCCUGUUUGAUGAUAAGGCUGUGGAGAUUGAGGAGCUGACUUACAUCAUCAAACAGGACAUCAGCAGCCUCAACAAGCAGAUCGCACAGCUGCAGGACUUCGUCAGGGCCAAGGGGAGCCAGAGCGGGCGGCACCUGCAGACCCACUCCAACACCAUAGUGGUCUCCUUGCAGUCUAAGCUGGCCUCCAUGUCCAACGACUUCAAAUCUGUUUUAGAAGUGAGGACAGAGAACCUAAAGCAGCAGAGGAACCGCCGGGAGCAGUUUUCCCGUCCUUCUGUGGCGGCUCUGCCCCUUGCCCCCAACCACCUGGGAGGCGGGACCGCGGUGUUGGGAGCUGAGCCGAGGGCUGCAGGCGAUGUGGCCAUUGACAUGGUGGACUCCCGCACCAGCCAGCAGCUGCAGCUGAUUGACGAGCGGGAUUCCUACAUCCAGAGCAGGGCAGACACCAUGCAGAACAUCGAGUCUACCAUCGUGGAGCUGGGCUCCAUCUUCCAGCAGCUGGCACACAUGGUCAAGGAACAGGAGGAAACCAUCCAGCGGAUUGACGAGAACGUGCUGGGAGCACAGCUGGACGUCGAGGCCGCCCACUCGGAGAUCCUCAAAUAUUUCCAGUCUGUCACUUCCAACCGCUGGCUCAUGGUCAAAAUCUUCCUCAUCCUCAUUGUUUUCUUCAUCAUUUUUGUGGUCUUCCUCGCCUGAGCCUUCCCUGUGUCGAGGCAGCCCAGAUGGGAAUCGUUCCUUUCAGGGGCCCCUGCAGCUGAGCCUGUCUGGGGUGCUGGGAGAAGGGCAGGAGGCCAUCUCUGUUUUCCUGGGACUGAUAGAGACAGCCUGUGCCCUGUGAUCCCUCCCCACCUCUGCCCUUCCUCUCCUUGGCCCAAACUCACGUGGGUUUGGACUGCUGUAAAUGGGUGGGAGGCGAGGGGCAGUGCCUGCACAGCAGGGGAAGUUUUGUAUAGACCAGCCCAGGCCUGUUCCAAAGGCUGCUCCAUCACUGAUGUGCACGAGGGGAAAGGAGGGGAAAUGAACCCAAGGGGCCGCUUUUUCCUCGGGGUUGGACCUUUUGCCCUUCUUCCCCCAGUCUUCACUGUGGGGGGGCCGGAGGGCCCCAGAACCCCCAACGGCGGCUCCUAAUGACUGUGUCAAUUUGCCAAAGGCACUGUCGUCCCCAUUUCGUGGAAUUACAGCAAGAUGGUCAGCCCUUCUGGCCUCGUCCUCAUUUCAGGGGCGCCGCAGGGGUUGGCCUGGCCUCCCCCGGGGGUAGUGACCCCAGGAGACUGAGGGUGCUGGCUCUGACAGACUGGGGGAUGGCCUAGUUGAUAGGGCUGGUGGUCCUGCCCCUUGGGACCCUGCCGUUGACCCUAACCUAGCAGCAGCCUGGGGGGUGGGGGGGAGUGGGAGACGCUGAGCUAAUAUGUACAAAUGGGCUUGGAAUCGGAAGUGCUUCUUCCUUGAACCGCUGGAUGGGAGGCAGAGGGUGCCAAGGGCUUGUGAUCUCCUCUCCAGGGCCAGGGAGGCUUGCAGGGAUCACACUGCCCCCUCCAGGCACCACCUCAGGCAGUGAGGGGGCCCUGCCAGAGGGGCAGACAGCCGGCCUGCAGCAGCAGCCUCAGCCCCCGCAGGGCCCCUCUUCUCUACAUUCCAAGCAGACUCUUCCUCGAGGCCUUGGGACUGAAUCUUCCAUCCGUGGCCUGCCCACUGCCAGGGGAGGUGUGGCGAUUAUCCCUCUGGUGGCUUUGGCAGUCACACGAUUCUGAUUCCUGCUGCAGACUAGGCAGACGGGCUGUCGGGGAGCCUCCACUCCUGGCAGAGCCCCUGUGGCUAGUCAGCUGUCUGCCGCCUAGCGCUGGACUGCGGGCAUCAAGUCAGCGAGAAUGUGUUGGGCCCCCUGGCCUGCCUAAAUGCUGAGAUUGAUUAGGAAGCCCUAGGAAAUGCUCCCUGCCCAAGUGGGCUUUGCAGACAGUGGUCACUGUCUGAGCUGGCAGCUUUGGCCCAUCCUAGUGAGACCACUGUGGAGGAGCAGCCCUGGAAGGCCCGGGGCUCCCUGGCUUAGCUGAGGCUGCAGGCCUUACCAGAGACAACUGGCUCUGGGAGGGCUGGGAUUCCAGUUCAGGGAGGAUGGAUGGAUGGAGGAGGAGCCGGGGGGCCUAGUGGGCAGAGUGCUAGAAAGCCUGGGCUUGAAUCCCCACUCGCCUCCCUUACUACUGAUGUGACCUUGGCAAGUCAAUAAAUACCGACAUUUCUACAGUG